AUGGCUGAAAAACGAAAAUUAGCUGAAAUGGAUACACAAUAUAAUAACGGUCAUUCGAAUGAUAUGAAAUCUGUGUUACAAGUUCAAAACGGCGAUAAUAAAAAAUCUCCUUCAAAAAUGUUUGAUGAACCACCAAAAAAACGAUUAAAAAGUGCUGAAACACCAAAUGACGAGGAAAUGAUAAAUUUAAUUUCGUUGUCUACAUGUGAUCAUGAAGAUGAAAGUAAUCAAGAGAAUAUUGUAGAUAAGCAAAUUGAACAAGAAGAAAAAGCAGCUGAUAAUAUAGUUAUUAAAGAUCUUAUGGGUUCAGUUAAACCAGAAUCAAAUAAAAAAAUGAGUGAUGAAGAACGACGUGAACUUUAUGAUAAUGUUUAUUCAAAAUUACUGACACUUCUUGAACGUUGUCAAAAAUAUGUUCAUCAUCUUAAUACAAAAGUUAAACAAUCACUUGCUGAACAUCAACAUAAUAAAAAAAUCAAGAAUGAAUCCAAAGAUGAACAAACAACAUCAGCUGAAGAUGAUAUGAAACGAACUGGUUUAUUACAAAAAUAUUAUGAAAUGUCUGAUAAAGAUAUUCACGCUCGACAACCAAAAUUAUUUAUUGGGUCACUUAAACCUUAUCAAUUAGCUGGUCUUGAGUGGUUACGAACAUUACAUGAAGUUGGUCUUAAUGGAAUUUUAGCUGAUGAAAUGGGUCUUGGUAAAACUGUUCAAGUCAUUGCAUUUAUUUGCAGUUUAGUUCAAGAUAGUGCACCUGGUCCAUUUCUUGUUGUUGCACCACUUUCAACACUUACUAAUUGGUGUACUGAAUUUGCUCGAUUUGCACCUAAUAUAACCUGUAUGGUCUAUCACGGCAAUAAAGAAAAAUUAGCUGAACUUCAACAAGAGCUCAAGCAAUAUCGUCAAACAAAAAAAUCAGCACCUAUUGUUAUUAUUACAGCCUAUCAUGUUAUUAUAAGUAGCAAAGCAUUUUUCAAACGAGAACAAUGGCCAUUAUUAGUUAUUGAUGAAGGCCAUCGAUUAAAAAAUCCCAAAUGUCAAUUAAUGGUUAUGCUUCGACGUAUACAAACAGGUAGUCGAUUUUUAUUGACUGGUACACCUGUUCAAAAUAAUAUGAGUGAAAUGUGGUCAUUAAUGAAUUUUCUUUUACCUGAAAUAUUUGAUGAACCAGAAGUGUUUGAACGUUAUUUUGAAAUUGAUACAAUAAGUAAUUCAAAUAUGAGUUUUAAAGAAGAACAAGAACGAUCAGUUUUAUCAAUAUUUCAUCAAAUUCUUAUUCCAUUUAUUUUACGACGUCGAAAAGCUGAUGUCAAUUUAUAUUUACCACCUAAAAAAGAAGUUACUGUAUAUACAAAAAUGACUAGUCUUCAAGUUCAAUGGUAUAAUAAACUGGUCGAUGAAAUUGUUCGUCGUUAUAUAAAUGAUCGAAAAAAAGAUGAAUUUGUCAAAGUAUUUGAUGAUGACGUACGAUUGAGAAGUCAACGUAAACAUGAUGAUACUCCAUUAGAACACAAAGAUGAUGUUAUAGCGAAGAAGAUUACAGGUCGAAGUGUAACUUUUCCACUUCUUCGUGCUUGUACACAUCCAUAUUUACUUGAUGCACCACGAGAUGAAAAUGGAGAAAUUCUUGUCAAUGAAGAAUUAAUAACAAGUAGUGGAAAAUUUAUUUUAUUGGAUAAAAUGCUUGGAAAAUUAAAUAAAACUGGUCAUAAAGUAUUAAUCUUUUCAACAUUAGUUAUUUUUCUUGAUUUACUUGAAGCAAUGUGUGAACAUCGAAAUUAUGGUUAUACAAGACUUGAUGGAUGUACAAGUUUUGAAGAACGAAUCGAUGCUAUUACAACAUUCAAUAAAGAACCAGAUGUUUUUAUUUUUUUAAUUAGUACAAGAGCUGGUGGUUUAGGUUUAAAUUUAAUGGCAGCUGAUACGGUUAUACUGUUCAAUUCAGAUUGGAAUCCAAUGAUUGAUAUUCAAGCACAAGAUCGUGCUCAUCGUAUAGGUCAAACCAAACCGGUUAUUGUUUAUCGAUUUCUUGUUCGUAAUACUAUUGAUGAACGAGUAUAUAAACGUGCUUGUUCAAAACAAGUUAUGGAGAAAUUAAUUGUUCAUGAUGAACUUAAACAAGGUUUUGAUGCAUAUGAUACAGUUUUGUCGUUUGAUCCUCAAGGUGAACAAGCUAAAUCAGUUAAUUUAGCUGAAUUAGUUGAAGGUAUAACAAAAAUCGAUCAACGAUUAAUUAUUACCGAAAAUGAUGUUAUAUCAGAUGAACAUAUUGAACGAUUAUUAGAUCGAUCUGAUUUGAUUGAAAAAAUGAAGGAACAACAAGAACAACAAGAAAAAGAAUUAAAGAAAAAAAUUUUGAUGCAAUAA